CAUACAAACUCAUCAGAUGGGAAGAUCCUCACUGCCGUGAACACAUCUCCGACUCAGGCUCUGAGAUGUCAACCUGAGCUUUCCUGAUUUUGGAUUUGGACACAGCUGAACUCGCAAAUACUGCAACAAUGCUUCAAGGCAUUUCAGAGAUAGCCGCAGUGUGUGUUGGCCUGAUUGGGCUUAUCGGGGCAGCGACUACUACAGGGCUGCCCAUGUGGAAGGUGACAGCUUUUAUUGGAGAGAACAUAAUUGUGAUGGAAACCCGCUGGGAAGGCUUGUGGAUGAACUGCUACCGACAGGCCAACAUCAGGAUGCAGUGUAAGGUGUACGACUCACUGCUGUUCCUGCCCCCGGAAUUACAGGCAGCCAGGGGUCUGAUGUGCUGUUCUGUGGCCUUGUCCGGGCUGGGGCUCCUUGCGGCUCUCGGAGGAAUGCGGUGUAUUUCCUGUUUUCGGGGUAAUGAUUGGGCUAAGACCAUUAUCCUGAUGGUUGCAGGUGUUAUGCAGCUCAUGGCGUGCAUUUGUGUCUUUAUCCCUGUGUCGUGGACAGGUCACGUCAUCAUUAGAGACUUUUACAAUCCUUUGCUAAUUGAUGCCCAGAGGAGGGAGCUGGGAGAGGCUCUCUACAUCGGUUGGGUGACUGGCGCCUUCCUUUUCGCCUCAGCCAUGUUGUUUCUCUGCCGCCGUUUGCCCUCAGAUGAAGGCUCAUUCGAUGUAUACCAUCCGGCCAACUUGCUCAGUUACAAGCCAAGAAACAACAAGUCAACCCUGAUGAGGUACAAUCCCAUCUCGAGUGUUUCAAGUCACCGAUCUACUGCAUACCAGCCUUCUCUGCAGAACAAUGGCUCUGUUGGACCACAACUUGCAAUGCCACUGGAAAAUGUCCCUCAAGUAAUGACCAAUAAUGGAGCACUAAUCAACCCUCCUGUUGUCUAUAACCCUGGUCUGCCUGAAAAUGCGUCACUGUUAUAUCACGGUAGCAUGGCUCAUCACUCCUCCAUGCGGAGCUCUAACCACGUUGGAAGCAUAUAUACUCCGGGGAACUCCUUGUACAUAAGCCAAAACACCACGCCAUAUGCACUGACUUAUAACGGUAAUCCCACAGCAUCCUACCAGUCCAGUUUUCAUCCAGUUCCACACACUCCUGUUUUUGUCGGAUAUGAAGCAUCAAUGAUUCAUCCAGUGUCUCACAGUGGAAGCAGUGGUGGUGUAUACAUAUAAAGCAAAAUCAUGAGUGGAUUUUUGUAGCGGAUUAAACUUUGCAGACACAAAAUACUAUGCUUUUAUACUCUGCAUCACAAGUUAAUUUAAACUGCUGUACAUUAGUGGCAAGGUGAAGGUAAAUAUGUUAUUUCUGCUUAUAUUACAAUUAUCCUGGUGCCCAGACUAAAUAGCAUGAUAAACUUUUUUUUUACUCUUAAUAACCUUAUCAUUUUUAUUGUGCAAUAAAUGUAUGGGUUAUGUGAUCAUGUUGAACAUGACUGUUGUUGGUGUUAGUGUAAAUAAAAGGUGACAUUGCGCUGUUUUCAUUUUCCCAAAAUAGAGAGAUUUAUGAGAAAUCAUCUGCUUGAAGCACCAUAGCCUAAUGUUUUGUAUCUUUGUAACCAUCUGUUCAUUAUAUUUGCAAAUCUGUUGUGGUUAUCAUUGUACGUGUUUCAGUGUGGUAUGUUUUUUAAUGUUUUUUUACUAUCGAGGUGUCCUUUCUUCCCUUCAAAUGGGAGUCAUGGAAGUGAAAACAAAAUGCUUGGCAGUGCUAAAAUAUAUAAUCAAAUAGCUUA